AUGGGUAGAAGUAGAGCCCGUGAUAUUAAUCUAACUUCUGAUGUGUUUUCUGGUGCAUGUGUUUCUCUAAAUAUAUGGGGGCCUGUUAUUGAAGCUCUUUUCUCGAAUUCUUCUAUUAAAAUCAAAAGUGGAGACACGGUGUUAGCAAGUACUAGAGGAAACCAUAAGAUAGAUUACCGUUUAGGCAUAGUUGUCAACCAGAAAUUUGUUAACAUUGGAAACAUUGAGGUUGGAAGAAAAGCAGCGGCAGCAAAAGCAAAAUAUGAUCACCUAAAAUUGUUGUUGGAGUUCGAAAGCGGAUUUACUUCAAACUACGCUCAAAAUAUACUGUCUAUCUACACUGUCCAGAACUCUCCCAUUUCGAAAUGCAAUCUCAAUCAUGUUGCUAACUCCAACUUUCAACAGUCAACCUUCUCAUUCUAAAUAAGUCAGUGUAAGCCCAUUUGAGCUUAAAGUAGUUUCAUUAUUAUUUUUUGUAUUUGUUUAUUUUUGUAUCUCUUUUGUUGUAAAUGCUUUGAAAAUAUAAAUUGCC